AUGAGGCUUCCCGCGAUGUCGGAGCCGGCAGACCCUGAGUCCGAGCCUUCUGCGCCCCCAGCCGAGCUGGUGUUUAGUCCCGUGGAGUAUGCGGAGCUCUACUCCAUGGCCUCCGCGAGGGGCGAAGAUGUGGAAGAAGGGCUGAAACGAACCAAGAAAGCUCUCAAACUCAAGGCGCAUGCGAAGAGGCUCAAGGCGGCAAUGCAGCAGCGAGUGGAGAGGGAGGUGGCAGCUGCCCAGACACAGCGGUGGAGGUGGAGGUCUCCUGGAGGAGAUGUUGAGCUCGAGAAGCAGCUGCAAGACCUGCAAGGUCUCAUCGAUGACAUCAGCAGUGCGGCAUCUGUAGAAGAUGGCGUUUGGCGCUAUAGGAAGAUCUGGGAGCCCAAGCUUCGCUUCGUUGAGGAAGACAUGGAGCGUGGCGUACCAGAGGAGGACAUCGCUGAGAAGUAUGACCUCUACGAGGCUGUGUCGGAAGCCAUCCAAUACCGGCAGUCUGUGAAAUUGCUGCGCGAGAUUGGCGAAGAGUUGAAGAAAGCCGAAGCCAGCCUGCUCCAAAUUCAAGCUCAAAACGAGUCCCAGUCCCUGCGGCUCCUGAGCUUCUUCGACAUCCUUGAGGCCCGAAUCGAAAGCGCAGUGAAGCUCGAAGAAAAGUCAUCUAGGCUCAGGCGCCAAGCGCAAGAGUGUGAAGCGGCAGCGGCAGCUGUGAGAGGCGACGCGUCGGGUGUGCGUGGCUUAAGCAGUUCAGCCGGGAAAGAGUCACGCCAGCCGUUCUUGCCAGAGGCCCAGGAGGCAGCUGAGAGUUUGUGGCGGCAGGCGGAGGAGGCGAAGAAGGAUUUCGAGAUGAUUCAGAAGGGCAAUCAAGAAGCAACGCUCUUCUUGAAUUCGCAGCUGCGGGCAUACGAGGAAGCUCAGAGGUCAUGUGGAUUGUUGGGAGGCACCUUGCAGGACCUGCGGCAGGCUCUGCUGGAGCACAAGGAGGAGCCGCCAUUGCCAGGCAUCCUGGAACCUCAGCGGGAGCUGCUUCGACGGGUGCACUCAUCGCUGCAACGCUGCUUCUUCAAGGCCAGGGGCAUCGAGGCCUUCGAAAUCGAGCAGCAGCUGAGGCGGUGUCAGGAAGAGGACGAACUGGCCGAAACACUUGGCUUGGCCAGUUGCCUCAAGGAUGUGGACCCGGUCUUGAUGGAAGAAAAGCACCGGCUCCUCAAAGAACUAACGGAGAAGCGACUCGAAGAGAGGAGGUGUAACGAGGCUCUGGAGCGGACGAGGUGCCAGCAGCAGCAAGAAGUUCGGGAAAGACGGGAGAGCUGGAGAAGGAUGCGCAGCUCGUGUGGCAGGCUUUGCUGCGCACCAGUGCUCAUCCUGAUUGUCACCGCACCUUUGACCAUCGGAACCCUGGCCGGUGUCCAGCUGAACAUCCGCUGGCUCCGGAAUCCCCCCAGCCUGGAUUCCAAGGAGCUCUGGGCGGGUUUCUGUAAGGCAGAGCUCUCUCUGACGGGAGUUGCAAGCUUCCUGGUGCUGGUCUUCGCCUGCCUCCUCUGUGGCGCCGUCCCGGUCCCGUGCGGACCUUGCUCGGUUCCUUGCCUUCUGAUGACGGUGACUUUUUGGAUUGGACUCUUGCCCGGGUUCGAUGCAUGGAGCUCCGAUGCUCCGAGUCAGUGGUCGUGGAUGCGAGUUGUGAGCAGUUGCGUUUACCUUGCCUUCUUCGGUGUGGUUUGGUUGCUUGGCUGCCGGUGUGCAACGUCAUGGGCGUGCCAGAUGUCCAGCCAAUCCUAG